AUGGGGAAGCUCUUCGAGCGGGGCAUUCACACCACAAUUCAAAAUUUCAUAGAGGACAGGGGGCUAUUCCCGGCCACCAUGCUGGGCUUCCGCAGUGGCCUCUCGACACAGGACGCUUUCCUCCUGUUACAGGAAGAGGUCCUCAAAGGCAUUCCCAAGGAUGGGGAGCAUUUGCUGCUUGCUCUUGACUUGAAGGGGGCUUUUGACAAUAUCUCUCAUGGAGCCAUACUUUCAGAGCUAAAUAUAUUUGGUUGCGGGGAAAACAUAUUUAACAAUAUACGGGAUUUCCUCACGGAGAGGAAGGCAACAAUUGGUAUUUCAGGCGUUAGGUCUGAACCUUUCCGAAUGCCAAACAAGGGAACGCCUCAAGGAGCAAUUAUAUCUCAUCUGCUGUUCAACAUCGCCAUGCGUAGACUCGCGCGAGCCUUGGACUGUGUCCCGCAGCUCGGUUAUACCCUCUAUGCGGAUCGCAUCACUCUGUGGGCCACGCGGGGGUCUCUGGCCAGCAAGGAGCAGACUCUGCAGGAGGCGGCACUGGCCGUAGAAAACUUUGCCAGAACCAGCGGUCUCAGUUGCGCCCCCGAAAAGUCGGAGGUGAUCCGAAUACAUAGCAAACGCUACAAAAGUAACGGGAAAAUAGAAAUUGAAAUCGAAAAUCAGAAAAUUAAAGAGGUCACCGUCGCUCGUAUCCUGGGCUACUGA